AUGCGGCUCUGGAGUUGGGUGCUGCGCCUGGGGCUGCUGAGCGCCGCGCUGGGCUGCGGGCUGGCCGAGCGCCCCCGCCGGGCCCGGAGAGACCCGCGGGCGGGCCGCCCCCCGCGCCCCGCCGCCGGCCCGGCCACCUGCGCCACCCGGGCGGCCCGCGGCCGCCGCGCCUCGCCGCCGCCGCCGCCGCCGCCGCCGCCGGGCGGUGCCUGGGAAGCCGUGCGCGUCCCCCGGCGGCGGCAGCAGCGGGAGGCGAGGGGCGCCGCCGAGGAGCCGAGCCCGCCGAGCCGGGCGCUCUAUUUCAGCGGGCGAGGCGAGCAGCUGCGCCUCCGGGCCGACCUCGAGCUGCCCCGGGACGCGUUCACGCUGCAAGUGUGGCUGCGAGCGGAGGGGGGCCAGAGGUCUCCGGCGGUGAUCACAGGGCUAUAUGACAAAUGUUCAUAUACCUCGCGUGACCGAGGAUGGGUCGUGGGAAUUCACACCGUCAGUGACCAAGGCAACAGAGACCCACGCUACUUUUUCUCCCUGAAGACAGACCGGGCCCGGCAGGGGACCACCAUCCAUGCGUACCGCAGCUACCUCCCAGGCCAGUGGGUACACCUAGCUGCCACCUACGACGGGCGGCUGAUGAAGCUCUACGUGAAUGGCGCCCAGGUGGCAACCUCCGGGGAGCAGGUGGGCGGCAUAUUCAGCCCGUUGACCCAGAAGUGUAAAGUGCUCAUGCUGGGAGGCAGCGCUCUGAAUCACAACUAUCGGGGCUAUAUCGAGCGCUUCAGUCUGUGGAAGGUGGCCAGGACUCAGCGGGAGAUACUGUCGGAUAUGGAAACCCGUGGCCUCCACACGCCUCUACCUCAGCUCCUCCUCCAGGAGAACUGGGACAAUGUGAAGCGCGCCUGGUCCCCCAUGAAGGAUGGCAGCAUCCCCCAAGUGGAACACAGCGGUGCCCACGGCUUCCUGCUGGACACGAGUCUGGAGCCUCCAUUGUGCGGGCAGACGUUGUGUGACCACACAGAGGUCAUCGCCAGCUACAACCAGCUCCCGCGAUUCCGCCGGCCCAAGGUGGUGCGCUACCGCGUGGUCAACCUCUACGACGACAGCCGCGAGAACCCCACGGUGAGCCGCCAGCAGAUUGACUUCCAGCACCGGCAGCUGGCCGAGGCCUUCAAGCAUUACAACAUCUCCUGGGAGCUGGAGGUGCUGGAGGUGAGCAACUCCUCCCUGCGCCACCGCCUCGUGCUGGCCAACUGUGACAUCAGCAAGAUCGGGGAUGAGAACUGCGACCCCGAGUGCAACCACACGCUGACCGGCCACGACGGUGGGGACUGCCGCCACCUACGUCACCCCGCCUUCGUGAAGAAGCAGCACAACAGGGUGUGUGACAUGGACUGCAACUAUGAACGGUUCAACUUUGACGGCGGAGAGUGUUGUGACCCCGAGAUCACCGAUGUCACCAAGACUUGCUUCGACCCCGACUCUCCUCACAGAGCAUACUUGGAUGUUAAUGAACUGAAGAACAUUCUUAGACUGGAUGGAUCAACACACCUUAAUAUCUUCUUUGCAAACUCCUCGGAGGAGGAAUUGGCAGGAGUAGCAACUUGGCCAUGGGACAAGGAGGCCCUAAUGCACUUAGGUGGCAUUGUCUUGAACCCGUCUUUCUAUGGCAUUCCUGGGCAUACCCACACCAUGAUCCAUGAGAUUGGGCACAGCCUGGGUCUCUACCACAUCUUCCGAGGCAUCUCAGAGAUCCAGUCUUGCAGUGAUCCCUGCAUGGAGACGGAGCCCUCCUUUGAGACUGGUGACCUCUGCAGUGACACCAACCCGGCCCCCAAACACAAGUUCUGCGGUGACCCGGGGCCAGGGAAUGACACCUGUGGCUUCCAUAGCUUCUUCAACACCCCUUACAACAACUUCAUGAGCUAUGCAGAUGACGACUGUACGGACUCCUUCACGCCCAAUCAAGUUGCCAGAAUGCACUGUUACCUGGACCUGGUGUACCAGAGCUGGCAGCCCUCCAGGAAGCCGGCGCCUGUCGCCCUGGCCCCCCAGAUCGUGGGCCACACGACCGACUCCGUGACGCUGGAGUGGUUUCCACCCAUCGACGGCCACUUCUUUGAAAGAGAAUUGGGAUCAGCAUGUGAACUUUGUCUGGAAGGGAGAAUCCUGGUGCAGUAUGCCAUUAAUGCCUCCUCCCCGAUGCCCUGUGGCCCAUCAGGACACUGGAGUCCUCGGGAAGCAGAAGGUCAUCCAGAUGUUGAACAGCCCUGUAAGUCCAGUGUCCGCACCUGGAGCCCAAAUUCAGCUGUCAACCCACACACAGUCCCUCCAGCCUGCCCUGAGCCACAGGGCUGCUACCUUGAACUGGAAUUUCGCUACCCUUUGGUCCCUGAGUCUUUAACCAUAUGGGUAACCUUUGUCUCCACUGACUGGGACUCUAGUGGGGCAGUCAAUGACAUCAAACUAUUGACUGUCAGUGGGAAGAACAUCUCCCUGGGCCCUCAGAACGUCUUCUGCGAUGUCCCAUUGACCAUCAAACUCCGGGAUGUGGGUGAGGAGGUGUACGGCAUCCAGAUCUACACAUUGGAUGAGCACCUGGAGAUUGAUGCGGCCAUGUUGACCUCCAUUCCGGACAGCCCGCUCUGCCUAGAGUGUAAGCCCCUGCAGUACAAGGUGGUCCGGGACCCUCCUCUCCAGGUGGAUGUGGCCUCCCUUCUACACCUCAAUAGAAGAUUCAUGGACACGGAUCUCAGUCUUGGCAGUGUGUACAAAUACUGGGUCAUCACCAUUUCGGGAAGUGAAGAGAGUGAGCCAUCACCUGCCGCUGUAUACAUCCACGGGAGUGGGUAUUGUGGCGACGGCAUUAUCCAGAAAAGCCAAGGUGAAGAAUGUGAUGAUAUGAAUAAGCUCAAUGGGGAUGGCUGCUCCCUUUUCUGCCGAAAGGAGGACUCCUUCAAUUGCAUUGAUGAACCCAGUCGGUGCUAUUUCCAUGAUGGUGAUGGAGUAUGUGAGGAGUUUGAACAGAAAACUAGCAUCAAGGACUGUGGGGUCUACACACCACAGGGGUUCCUCGAUCAGUGGGCAUCCAAUGCUUCAGUAUCACAUCAGGACCAGCAGUGCCCAGGCUGGGUCAUCAUCGGCCAGCCAGCAGCCUCCCAGGUGUGUCGAACCAAGGUGAUAGAUCUCAGUGAAGGCAUUUCCCAGCAUGCCUGGUACCCUUGUACCAUCAGCUACCCAUACUCCCAGCUGGCUCAGACCACUUUCUGGCUCCGGGCAUACUUUUCUCAGCCAAUGGUUGCUGCUGCUGUCAUUGUCCACCUGGUGACUGAUGGGACAUACUAUGGGGACCAGAAGCAGGAGACCAUCAGCGUCCAGCUGUUUGACACCAAAGACCAGAGCCACGAUCUGGGCCUCCAUGUCCUGAGCUGCAGGAACAAUCCCCUGAUUAUCCCUGUGGUGCAUGACCUCAGCCAGCCCUUCUACCACAGCCAGGCGGUACGUGUGAGCUUCAGUUCACCCCUGGUCGCCAUCUCGGGGGUGGCCCUCCGCUCCUUCGACAACUUUGACCCCGUCACCCUGAGCAGCUGCCAGAGAGGGGAGACCUACAGCCCUGCCGAGCAGAGCUGUGUGCACUUCGCAUGUGAGGCCGCUGACUGCCCAGAGCUGGCGGUGGAGAACGCCUCUCUCAACUGCUCCAGCAGCGACCGCUACCACGGCGCCCGGUGUACCGUGAGCUGCCGGACAGGCUACGUGCUCCAGAUCCAGCGGGAUGACGAGCUCAUCAAGAGCCAGACGGGACCCAGCGUCAUGGUGACCUGCACCGAGGGCAAGUGGAACAAGCAGGUGGCGUGUGAGCCAGUGGACUGUGGCGUCCCGGACCAGCAUCACGUCUACGCCGCGUCCUUCUCCUGCCUUAAAGGCACCACCUUUGGUAGCACGUGCUCCUUCCAAUGCCGUCACCCUGCGCAAUUGAAAGGCAACAACAGCCUGCUGACCUGUAUGGAGGAUGGACUGUGGUCCUUCCCGGAGGCCCUGUGUGAGCUCAUGUGCCUAGCUCCACCCCCGGUGCCCAACGCAGACCUCCAGACAGCCCGGUGCCGAGAGAACAAGCACAAGGUGGGCUCUUUCUGCAAGUACAAGUGCAAACCUGGAUACCACGUGCCUGGCUCCUCCCGGAAGUCAAAGAAACGAGCCUUCAAGACUCAGUGUACCCAAGAUGGCAGCUGGCAGGAGGGAGCUUGUGUUCCUGUGACUUGUGACCCACCUCCGCCGAAAUUCCAUGGGCUCUACCAGUGCACAAAUGGCUUCCAGUUCAACAGCGAGUGUAGGAUCAAGUGUGAAGACAGCGAUGCUGCCCAGGGACAUGGGAGCAACGUCAUCCACUGCCGGAAAGAUGGCACCUGGAGCGGCUCCUUCCACAUCUGCCAGGAGAUGCAAGGCCAGUGCUCGGCCCCAGACCAGCUCAACAGCAACCUCAAACUGCAGUGCCCGGACGGCUACGCCAUCGGGUCGGAGUGUGUCGCCUCGUGCCUGGACCACAACAGCGAGUCCAUCAUUCUGCCAGUGAACGUGACUGUACGUGACAUCCCCCACUGGCUGAACCCCACCCGGGUGGAGAGCGUUGUCUGCACAGCUGGUCUCAAGUGGUAUCCUCACCCUGCUCUGAUUCAUUGUGUCAAAGGCUGUGAGCCCUUCAUGGGAGACAAUUACUGUGAUGCCAUCAACAACCGGGCUUUCUGCAACUACGAUGGUGGGGACUGCUGUGCCUCUACGGUGAAGACCAAAAAGGUUACCCCAUUCCCUAUGUCCUGUGACCUGCAAGGUGACUGUGCUUGUCGGGACCCCCAGGCCCAAGAACACAGCCGGAAAGACCUCCGGGGAUACAGCCAUGGCUAAGGAAGGACAAGGAGUUGACAAAGAAUUCCCAGCGCCAGGACCCGCAUCCCUUUGGUAUUGAUUUCACAGUCAGCUGCUCAACGGAAUGGCCUCCCCACACCAGGGAUCCUUAGCACCCAACCGGUCUGCCUUUAAUUUCACCCAGGAAGGACUCAUAGUAGGGGCGCAUGAACCAAGUCUCGCCAUGUUGAAGGAUGGAAUGGAAUCCCAUCCCAAAGUCUUAGAUGGAUUGCAUAUACAAGUGUGCUGUCCCAGAGCCUAAAAUUCAAAUCAUUUGUCACACAGCCACAGCAAGAAACAUGUUAUACAGUUAGGAGUAUGCACAUAUGUGGUUAGUACACAUGCAUGCAUACGUACCCCAACAGACAUCUGUGUGAGGGCAGUUUUGGAGACUGAGCGGAGAGAGACGGGAACAAACUCAGUCUUCCCUUUCCCAAGCUCCUAGUCAAUACUGUCCUUGGGAGAAGAACAGUCGCAGAAACUGCUAAGACCAAGUGUUGUCAAGAUAGCUUGUACUCUGAGGCUUGGAACAUGUCAGGCAUGCACUGUUGUGCAGUCCUUUGGGAUUAGAAGUGAAAUGGUCUCUGAUCACCUACCUUCUAGGGAAGUAGAACCCAGGAUGAGGUAAAGAAUCCAAGGUAUGCAAAGCCCCCUAAUUCUUCUGCUGCCGUGGGGGGAUUUUACCCCAACUCCAGGGUUAAGGCCAAGCUGGAAAUGGCAUAGGGUUGCAGUGUCAAGGUAUUAUAACAGCCCCCUGCUUGAGGCCAUAAUAUCCCUCCAGAACCCACCCAUUCCCCAAAUCUUGCCUUGGGACCACAUUCGCUGCUACUUUUCCUGCUGCUCUAUCCUAUACAUUGAGUACCCCCAAGAUGGUAGGACUAGGUUAGGAAAAACCCCACACAACCAAACAGUCUGCCUUAAGAGUGACCCACAUCUUCCCACAGCUCCUCACUUCUUAGCCCUUCUGCAAGAGAAAAACCCUCAUUGGCCCACAUGGUGAGAAGUUAAAUCCCCCAUGGGUGGGCUUCUCAUCCUAGGAGGGAGUAGAGGGACUAGAGAUACUAAAACCCUCACUGAGAGUCCAGAAUGUCUGAGCCAGUGUUAGAUUUUAUAAUCAAGUGGACCAGUGUUAAAUAUGCUGUUGGGGCCAUCCAGAGACUGCUGGAAUUGUGGGGACUCUUGAGUUAUUAUCCUUAUCCCAGCCUUCCUGGCCCUCCAGGCUAGAUCAGGCUCUGGUGCUGAGGACCUCACGGUUGCCCUGAGCAGCAUUCUAGAACAGAGAAUCAUUUUGGAUAUGAUCAAUCUGAGCUGUGUUCUUGAGGGCCCUCAGAGGGAAGCUAAAGAGCACACAGCGUCAGUCCCCAACAACCAAACAUGGUCAUCAUGUUCUUCACAUAGUCUUCCAGCUGUCAGGACUCCCAUCCACACCUGUGGUUGGUCCGCCCUUCCCUCUUACCCAGGUUCAGCCUCCAAAAGUUGAGAGGGAGGUAGUCCAUUGCAUGUGGAAGCCCCUACCUCAUUGGGGUCCUCUUUGCCUGUUUUCCACCAGUUACUUGUCUGCUCCUUUUGAAUUAAUAUGGGAAGAAAUUAAUAUGGAAAGAGGUGGCGAGAAUGGUCAAGCUGGACAUAAUUUCUAGACCUGGAACUGAGAAAAUGAGGCAGUAGGAGGGUAUCACAUAAAGAUUGCUGUAAAUCAUGUCAUCUCAAAUCUAGUGAAAGCAACCAACGAAAACAAAGUCUAGCACAGGAAUGGGAAACCCCAGGCAUGUGUGCUGACUCCUCAUUGCUGCACCUGAGGCAGUCAUUGUUAAUCAGUCAUCGUCCUUUCUCCUAUGGGGACCAAAAAUAACUUCAGGAACCUUCUUCCUGUAUUACUCCUGACAGCAAUUACCUGCUGACCAAGAGCACUUGAGAAGACAUCUAUCAGCCAAUAUAUACAUAUAUCAAGGUGCUUUUUGCACAGGUGCCCACAAAUGAUGCAGUGCUUAGAUUCGUGUGGCUUGUUCCGUGUUCCAAACUCUGAGACUGGGUUCCAGAAUGGAGAAGCUGCCACCAUGGUUAAGGACAGACUCAAAUCCCUUAUAUUUCCUUCUUACAAACUCACAUCUCAUUUAUAUUCAGAUCAUUUUCUAUAGUUACCAGGGCCAAUCCUUAGCAAAACCAUCCUCAAAAUUGGAAGACUUGAUCCCAUUUGGUACUCCCUCCAGUAUCUUAGGACUCUUGCCAACUUCUAAAGCCCCUCUCUUGCCCUAGCUGAGUUAUCAGCAUGUGUGGUCAGCUGACAAGAUAUGAACUAAGAAAGGUAAUGGUAUGGGCCCUCCCAAUUGCUUUAUCAUGCAUGGAAGUAGUGCAAAAAGUCUUGGAGACCCAAAGGCGCCAUUACUAAUGGUGGGGUUGCAGGAACCACAGAAAAACCUCACCGGCUUCCCUUAAAUUGACCCUCGUGGUCUUUCUUCCUUCACUCUCAGCCUGUCUAUGCCCAUACUCUCCAGCUGAGCAAAGUUUCCUAGAGGCUGACUUCGAUCUUCAAACUCACAGAUUGAGUUGAGCAAAGAACCACCCAGUCUCCUCCUUACCAUCAAUCAAACCUGUUACUCACAAUGAUAUUAGGCAAGAUAGGCUACCCCACUGAUGACUAGCCUCAUGCUCACGUGGGAGGCCCUUCUCAAAACUUAGAGAAAGAGACUCAGUUCUAUUUGUGCGAGGCACUGAUUUCCGGCUUCAUUUUCUUUCUGGGAAUGAACUCAUGGUCUUAUCCCUUUGAUCAUUUCCUGCUUAGGAUAAUGGAGUACUCACAAGGAGGCAGGUCUGAAGCACUGUUGUCUAUCAGCAGCUCGGGGGCCCUAAAGCAGUUGGGGGUUCUGGGUUGAAGAAGUAUUAGCCUGUUGGCAGCAAGAAAGAAAAGAUGAGGAAGACAGUUCCCCAAACCCUGUUUUGGGAAGCCUUUCCAAGCCACAACCCUAACUGCAUGCCCAGAGGACUUGCAUUACCCCCAUAGUCUGUGCCAACCACCUCUUAAGGGAAGAUAGUCCUUGGGAAGUCCAUUUUGGUGGCUAAAUUAGGGUGUUAAGAAAGGGAGCAAUCAU